GAGACCGAGAGUUCAGUUCACUUCUAGGCUGCUCCAAAGAAUUCCAAAUGAUGUUAUCCGCGGUCCACCUCCUUUCUCUGGUAGCCAUUUUUUGUGUGGUCCAUGUUCAUGGCGGAUAUCUAUCAAAUGGUUGGUACAAAAUCUAUGAAGUGUGUGGCGGGGAAAAGGGCUGUAUGAAAGAGGUCGAUUGGGACUCUGAGGGACCUGGAGACAAAGUCUCUGCCCAGCCCAUGACUAACAGCACUACCAGCUGGUUCGUCAACCACAGGGGUGGUGGCAAGUAUUCAUUCAGUACAUCGUGUUCUCUUGAUUGCAACACGUGGAACGCCGAAGACCACAUCAUCAAAGGGACUAAGGUCAGCUACAGCAAUGGCGCGAAGACCCUGUUCAAGCUGGAGAGGACCGGUAACAUCUACUUCCAGGGGGACUCGGAAGACAAAUACAAAAUCAUCAUCGCAACGCCAGAGAAUCUCGAUGGGAAUGUGGUCGACAUAAGAUCCGAUGGCAAGCUUGGGUACGGGAACACAGACGGACAAAAACGAUUUGUCUUCAAGAGGAACUUCAGUAUUGUCAGCGGCUGCAACUGUUCGUGGUUUAGGUAGCCCACUCAGGGGACAUAUUGUGACACUUGACUUGAUCAGGGCUUCAUUAUCGCAUCUAUGCCCGAAGAGUUGAUGUGUCUUUCAUCGGGGACAAAGACUCAUGACCAAAGCCACGAGUGUUAAAAAUGUAACAGUCACAAAAGCAAUAAUAAACUGAAUAGCAUUGCC